AGACCAAGGAAUCCUGAUUUGAAAUACGCAAGAGACAGAGUGAUUUCUCAUGAUACCAUUGCAUCACUCUGGUCGCUCAUGACUUUUUCGUGGAUGACACCGAUGAUAAAAUUGGGAAAUCUACGCAGCCUCGCCGAAGAUGAUCUAUGGGAAUUGCCAUCCCGAUGUCAGGCUGCACACUGUUAUUAUGAGUUGGAUCGAACAACAAAUUUGGACCUGUUGUCACGAUUGCUUUAUGCCAAUGCCACCAACCUCAUUCUUUUCCUUGUUAUCGCAAUAUUACGCUCGAUAUUUGCGUUCACCACACCAUAUUUUCUCUACCAAUUACUUAAUUACAUCUCUGAAAAGCACCCAGAAGAAUACUCGGAAAAACCCUAUCUCUAUUUGUUAGGAAUUCUCGUCUCCGAACUCUGUCGGAUCAUCUUCUUGAACCAACUGAAUUACCAAGUGGUCUGGCUCGGAAUAAGGGUAGAACAGAUGUUGAGUGUGCUGGUGUACGAGAAACAACUACGCCUGAUGGCUUCCCCACCUGAAGCAAGUAUCAAUAAUAAAGCAAAUAAUGUGUUGACAACCGAUGUUGAUGACAUUGCCGGUUUCUUCUCGAACUUUCCUUUUCUCUUGACGACUCCUCUCGAGAUAAUUGUGGCGAUUGUCUAUCUGUACUUCUUGUUGGGAUGGUAUAGUCUUGUCGGUGUGGCCAUAAUAGUAAUAUGCACCUGGAGUAACAAAAGAUUUGGAAAGCGCGUUACAAGAUUGCAAAAACGGGUGAAGAAGGCACGAGACGAAAGGGUCGGGGAAAUAUUUGAACCAUUGCAAACUUUCCCAAAUUUGGUGGCCGAACUGAUAGGUCUAAGCAUAGCUGUGAGUCGCGUGGAAAAAUUCUUAAACGAGACCGAAAUACAAAAGGAAGGUUCGACUUUCAGUUCCGAUUCCACGAGAACCACAGGGUGGUUGGAAAACACGACCAUUCGAGAGAAUAUUUUGUUUGGGACAGAUUUUGAAGAAGAGCGUUAUUGGGAUAUAGUUGAUUCAUGCGGUCUGACAAAAGAUUUUGAGAACAUGGAGGAAGCCGAUUUUACCGAGUAUGACGAAAAAAGCCUACUUCUAACGAACGAACAAAAAUCUAGAAUCGCAUUGGCGCGAGCGUUGUAUAGUCCGGCCCAAAUAUUGCUCAUAGAUGACUGUCUAUCUUGUCCGGAUUCAGAUACAGCUCAACAAAUUAUUGACCAUUGCCUCCGUGGUCCUCUUGUUAGUGGACGUACCGUGAUAAUAGCGACGCGUUAUGCUAGAUACCUUUUGGAUAUGGUUGACUACGUGGCGAUACUCAGGGAGGGAUCCGUUCAAGCGAAAGGUACACCAGAAGAGGUGCACGAUUCCGGAUUUUUGACCGACGAUGUACUUGGAAAGGACGUCAAGUCGGCUCCGGAUCAAGUGGACAAGAAUGACCAGUAUCUGGAAAUUGAAAAAUCCACCGCGGAUAGGAGAAAUUGGACAGCAGAAGAAGUUCGUUCUCAAGGAAAAAUUUCAUUUCAAGUUUACCUGUUCUACCUAAAAUCUAGCGGAGGCCUAUUUCUUUGGUUUAUCCUUUUCAUUCUAUUUAUCUCAAUCAGAACCAUAACUGUGGGCGAAACAUACUGGUUAAAAAAAUGGACGGACUUGUAUCCGACUAAAAAAGGAUUGAAUUAUGACCUCACCUUUCAUGAGCAAUCGUUUGAUGAUGAGGAGAAUAGUAAUCUAAAAAGUAUAGGAGUGUAUGCCCUCAUUGCAAUAGCAUCGUCUGUUUUUACCAUCAUUCGGAUGCACUUUCAAAUUUCCUUGUCCCUCAAGGGAUCGAGAUCUCUGUUUUCUGAACUUUUGAACUCAAUUCUGAGAGCGCCCUUAAGUUUCUUCGACACCGCUCCUCUGGGAAGAGUGAUGAAUCGGUUUUCCAAGGAUCUGGGCAUAAUCGAUCAAGGUCUUGUAACAGUCAUAUCUGGCUUCCUUGGGGACGCUGUGGGGGCGAUGAGCGUGCUAGUCGUGGUGACAGCUGUCAUAUAUGAAUUUGGAAUUGUCUCAAUUAUUGUCGGUCAGUAG